AGAAAGGCUUUGGGAGUCCUUAUUCCAACGUCUGGCUGGGACUUCAGCAGAUCCAUUACUUAUCUCGCCAAGGCUGGUACGAGCUGAGAAUCGACAUGACGCAUCCCAACGGCACAACAGCGUACGCCACCUAUCAGGUAUUCGAGCUGGGAAAUUUGAAGUCAAAAUAUGAGCUGACCGUUGAUGGGUACGAAGGAACAGCCGGGGACAGUUUGUCUUACCACAGCGGUCAACCUUUCUCUACCUACGACCGAGAUAACGACGCUCAUUCGACCAACUGUGCAGCUGUGUACAAAGGUGCAUGGUGGCACAAGUCCUGCCAUCAGUCGAACCUCAAUGGAGAAUAUGGGAACGACGCCUACGGGACGGGCCUCAACUGGUUAACCUUCAGCACCUACAACAAGUCCCUGAAAUCUGUCGAGAUGAAGAUUAGAAGAAUGCCGUAGACAGAAAGCCAGGACCGAUUUUACGAAACUUCUUAAGUUAAAGCUAAUUACAUUUUUCGUUUUUAUAUAAUUUGUGAUUUUUGUACUCUUUUUUUAAAGUUUUUAGACUGUUUAUUAAAGUCAAUUGAAGAUAUUUGUCUGAUAAUCACGAAGGACUAUUAUCUUUUGUAACAAAAUCAGGUUAAAGUAAGAAAUAUUGAUAAACAAAAUAUGCUACUUAAGUCUAUAUAGCUAAAGAAGUUUCGAGAAAUCAGGACCAACAUAAAAACACAAAGAAGAUAUCAAUUAACUUUGAUUAAAGUACACGUUUUGUGGUUUGAGCUACUUGAUUCAUUAACAAACCAAUUCAAGAAUUGUAUAACACUUAAAAAAGUUUAAAAGGAUUUAUUAUCUUGGUAAGCGUAUUUAAACAAAGUUCGUACUAAGAAGUGUUUGUCAUAAAUAUAAGCCAAUGAAUACAUUUUGGCUUUUCAUACCAUAAAUUAAUGCCUCAAAACACUGAUUAACUGGUUUAAAGUCAAUAAACUGUUCGAGAAUUUG